AUGACGAAUUCGCACGGGAGGCCUGCGCUGGAGUCCGACCUGGAAAUCGUUCGCAAGGCCUGUUGCGGGAAUACGUUGAGUCACGGCCAGCUGAAGGGGAGACGGCUCUGCGCGAGACGUUCACUCCACGUGGGGCAACCACGACUGCACCGGGAUCCGCGGUUGGGAGACAAGACUUAUCGCGCACGACGGAUGCCACGGUCGACAAGAAGAAGCUUCCGGCCAAGGUGCAGAUGUUGCUUGCUGCGGGGAAAGACAGCGGGAAGGGAGAAGAAGACGGGGAGAAGCAAGUACUGGCGGAAGAGAUGCGGUCAUGGAGGACAAGGACGACCCGCGACCACAGCGGCAAGCAUGAGAGGGGCUGCGAGGGAAAAGGCAAAUGUGGCUGCAGUGACAAGGAGUGUGCACGACGUGGAAGUUGGCACGGAUUCGGCUUUUGGAACACGAAGAGUCUGGCGAAGCGCGACGGUGCUGAAAAACGCGAUCAGGAACACGAGUUUAAUGCUGAAGAACAAGAGUGCGGAGACAGCAAAAGAACAAGAAGACUUUUAG